AUGCAAAACCUGCGGCGGACCGUGGUACAGACCAACGCAGACCUGGUGCUCUCUACCCAGUGGCGAAAAUAUCCGCAGCAUCGGCAGCGCCUGCGAGAGGCCCUUGAAAGGUCUGGCAUUCCGGCGAGUCGCAUCGUCGGAGAGACUCCUAGCUUCUGCGGCGGACCUUACUGUCGUGCACAGGAGAUCAAAGCCUUCCUCGAUGCCCACGAAGAGCUUCUAGAUGAUGAGAAGCGCUGGGCUGCCGUGGAUGAUGUUAACAUUGAGGAGCAGGAUCCUGCGUUGAUGAAGGGCCACUUCGUGAAGACCGAUCCGCUGCGCGGCCUGACCGAGGAGCGUGCCCAAGCGCUCGUGUCGGUGUUUGCCAUGAAGGGCAAGUUCCUGAAUGAUGGGACUGAGACCUUGGAGCAGAUGGGCCUGCAAGACGGUGGACAGGUCAUCGCCGUCAUCAAGCCAAGGAGUGCGCCCCCUCGGUGA